AAAUACCAGAUGGUAUAAAUCAAAAGCCAUUUUCCCGAGAGCAGCAGCCAGCCAGCCACUGUGUUCAAGUUGAGGAGAGUCGCCAUGGGAAGAAGACCGGCAAGGUGUUACCGUCAGAUCAAGGGCAAACCCUACCCUAAAUCACGCUACUGCCGUGGUGUCCCCGAUCCCAAGAUCAGGAUCUACGAUGUCGGCAUGAAGAAGAAAGGUGUCGACGAGUUCCCGUUCUGCGUCCACUUGGUCUCGUGGGAGAAGGAGAACGUCUCCAGCGAAGCUCUCGAAGCUGCGCGUAUCGCUUGCAACAAGUACAUGGUGAAGUCCGCGGGGAAAGAUGCUUUUCAUUUGAGGAUUAGGGUGCACCCGUUCCAUGUUCUGAGGAUCAACAAGAUGCUUUCGUGUGCUGGAGCUGAUAGGCUUCAGACCGGUAUGAGAGGCGCUUUCGGGAAGGCUUUGGGGACGUGUGCUAGGGUUGCGAUUGGGCAGGUGCUUUUGUCUGUGAGGUGUAAGGAUGCUCAUGGUCACCAUGCUCAGGAGGCUCUGAGGAGGGCUAAGUUUAAGUUCCCUGGUCGUCAGAAGAUUAUUGUCAGCAGGAAAUGGGGUUUCACGAAGUUUAACAGAGCAGACUUCACGAAGUGGAGGCAAGAGAAGCGUGUUGUUCCUGAUGGUGUUAAUGCUAAGUUCUUCUCAUGCCAUGGACCUUUGGCUCUCCGUCAGCCAGGAACUGCAUUUUUGCCAGCCACCUAUUGAAGUUUCAGAACUGUUGUCUGCUCAUCCUUUAAACUUCUUAUUUAUAUUCUUAAAAGCAUUGUCUUAAAAGUUUUUAAUUGGACACAUUCACUAUUCUGAACUUUGUGGAAUGGUAUUACUCUUUCUAUGUUGGCCAAUUUCCUUCUUUUGCAA